GGGUUCCUCAGGGUGAACAGACCCCCCCCCCCAUAACCUCUUCCUUGGAAUGAGCAUCAUCUGACGGGAGGACCAUGGAUUAGCAGCCAGGACCCGGCAGACCCUUGCUGAUCUCCUCUCGGACUAUGGCUUCCUAUCAGAGGCUGCUCCUUGUGCUGCUGGGAUUACACUGGGCCCUGGUGCCGGCCCCAGCUGCUGCGGCUCAGAAUGAGGAACGCACGUGCGCCUACAAGGAUCCCAUCCAGCAGGACCACAGUGUUAGCGAGAGCCAGAUCUCCCCAGAGAACGGAACCGUGGAGUGUUCCAAGGGCAGCACCUGCUUUGGACUAUGGGAGAAGACCAGAGACGGGGAAAUCAAUCUGGUCAAACAAGGUUGCUGGUCAUAUAUUGGUGACCCACGGGAUUGUCAUCAUGAGGAAUGCGUAGUGACCACCAACCCACCUCUCAUACAGAAUGGGACUUACCGCUUUUGUUGCUGUAGUGCGGACAUGUGCAAUGUCAACUUCACGGAGAACUUCACACCUCCAGACCCUACGGACACAACGCCCUACAGUCCCACAGGCUGGCAUCGUGAGAUGACGGUGAUAAUUGCUCUGGCUUCGGUGUCGGUCCUGGCGGUGCUCAUUGUCGUCUUCUUCUUUGUAUACCGGAUAUUUGGAGAAGAUCGUAAACAAGGCAUUCACAGUAUGAAUAUGAUGGAAGCGGCGACAUCGGAGCCAUCCCUGGACCUGGACAACCUGAAGCUACUGGAGCUGAUUGGCCGCGGCCGCUACGGCUCCGUGUACAAAGGAUCCCUAGAUGAGCGCUCUGUGGCGGUGAAAGUUUUCUCUUUCAACAAUCGUCAGAAUUUCAUCAAUGAAAGAAGCAUUUACCGCACUCCUCUGCUGGAACACGACAAUAUCGCCCAUUUCAUCGUGGCCGAUGAGCGAGUGACGUCAGAUGGGCGCCUGGAAUAUCUGCUAGUAAUGGAGUACUACGCCAAUGGAUCUCUGUGCAAGUAUCUGAGUGUCCACACUAAUGAUUGGCUCGGCUCCUGCCGUCUGGCACAUUCUGUAACCAGAGGGUUGGCAUACAUGCACACUGAGCUGCUACGCGGAGAGAACUACAAACCGGCUAUUUCCCACCGUGACCUCAACAGCCGCAACGUUCUGGUGAAGAGCGAUGGCUGCUGUGUGAUCAGUGACUUCGGCCUGUCCAUGCGCCUGACGGGAAACAGGCUGGUGAGGCCGGGAGAUGAGGACAACGCCGCUAUCAGUGAGGUUGGCACUAUCCGUUACAUGGCCCCCGAAGUGCUGGAAGGGGCAGUUAACCUCAGGGACUGCGAGUCUGCAUUGAAACAAGUGGACAUGUAUUCUGUGGGUCUGAUCUAUUGGGAGAUCUUCAUGCGAUGCACCGACCUCUUUCCUGGGGAAUCUGUGCCCGAGUAUCAGAUGGCAUUCCAGGUUGAGGCCGGCAAUCACCCUACAUUUGAAGACAUGCAAGUAUUGGUAUCCAGAGAGAAGCAGCGACCGAAGUUCCCCGAGGCCUGGAAAGAGAACAGCCUGGCUGUGAGGUCGCUAAAAGAGACGAUUGAUGAUUGCUGGGAUCAGGACGCGGAGGCCCGACUGACUGCGCAGUGCGCUGAGGAGAGAAUGGCUGAACUGAUGAUGAUCUGGGAGAGGAACAAGUCCGUGAGUCCAACCAUCAACCCAACAUCUACUGCGGUGCAGAAUGAGCGUAAUCUGUCACAGAGCCGUCGUGUACCAAAGAUUGGGCCGUACCCGGAUUAUUCAUCCUCCUCCUUUAUAGAAGACUCUGUGCACAACCCAGACAGUAUCCUGAAGAACAUCUCAUCUGAGACCUCCAUGUCCAGUACUCCCUUGGUGGCUGGAGAGAAGAACCGCAACUCCAUCAAUUAUGAGCGGCAGCAGGCCCAGGCUCGCCUCCCCAGCCCUGAGACCAGUGUGACCAGUUUGUCCACCAACACUACCACUACAAACACUACAGGGCUCACACCAAGCACUGGCAUGACCACAAUAUCUGAGGUCCAGUACUCGGAUGAAGGCGUGCACAGCAUGCAGUCUAUGGGGCCCACUCCUGUCUGUCUGCAGCUGACGGAGGAAGACUUGGAGACCAACAAGUUGGAUCCAAAGGAGGUUGAUAAGAACUUGAAGGAAAGCUCAGAUGAGAACCUUAUGGAACACUCCCUCAAACAGUUCAGUGGGCCCGAUCCUCUCAGCAGCACCACCUCCAGCCUCUUCUACCCAUUAAUAAAGCUAGCAGUGGAGUCUACGGGGCAGCCAGACGCUUCCUUAGUACAGGACGUCCUCCCAGGCCAGCACUAUCCUCUCCCUAAGCAGCAGAACCUUCCCAAGAGGCCGACUAGCCUACCACUCAACACCAAGAACUCCGCCAAGGAGUCCAGGCUGAAAUUUGGCAGCAAGCACAAAUCUAACUUGAAGCAAGUUGAGACAGGAGUAGCCAAAAUGAACACCGUGAGCGCAGCGGAACCUCAUGUGGUGACCGUUACCACAACAGCGGUAGCGGGCAGGACAGGCUAUGUGAACUCUCAGGGUCCCACAGCCCAGCAUUCUAACACAGCUGUAGGCCCCAGUGCCAACUCUAUGGCCCAGAGGGCCCAGGAAAUGCUGCAGAAUCAGUUCAGAGGGGAGGAUAGCCGCCUGAACAUCAAUUCCAGCCCUGAUGAGAAUGAGCCGCUGCUGAGACGGGAGCAGCAGGCCGGGCAAGAUGAGUCUGUGCUAGACCGACUGGCGGAAAGGAGGGAUCUCCCGGCGGAGGGCAGUAGGGUAAACUCCAACAACAAUAACAACAGCGGCCAAGCGGCUCUGCAAGACCCAGGAACACAGAUUGCCCCCGUAGCGACCCGGCCGCACCAGAGCCGGAGGGCACAGAGGCCAAACUCUCUGGACUUAUCCAGCUCCAGUAUUAUGGAUAACUGCAACACGCUCAGUAAGUGA